CUCCACGACCCCUCCCGUCGUUACAUCCUUAUAAGUAGUUGCAGACAAAGUUAGCGAAAUUUUGAUGUUCAAAUCAACAAAACGAAGCAGAGAAUGAGAGAAUAGGGCUCUUCAGAAAAUGGGUUAUGGAAGGAAAAGCCAAAUCUCCUCUGCUUUGGAGGUCUUCGCUCUAAAUCCAUUGCCAUAUAGGGUUCUUCUAAUCUUAGGGUUGGUUUCUAUCUUCCUGGGCAUCUCAUGGUACUCCUCCUAUGAAUCCGCUGUGGAGAAAACACAGGAGCAGAUGAGUUUGGUACUUAUCAUUACACCUUUAAUUUUAUUGAUCGUUGUUCGUUGGCUUUCAUCCAUGGAGAAUCCUGAUUUCCUGUUCUUAUCUGAUGAUCGUCGGAGGAUGAAGACCCACCACCUCCCGGCGGAGGGCAGCUCUCCUUGGGGUGUCGCCGCUCUGAUUGUGGUUUUGCUUAUCAUGAUCUCAUACCAGUCUACCUUCCAUGACAGUUGGUUCAUUUGAAUCUUUUCAAUUAUGGUUUCUGAGAUUUGCUUCAUGAUAUAAUAUUUGUGAUAGAGAGGGAGGAGAUCUGGAUGUGAUGGAUAAAUACAGUAAGUCUGUAACCCCUUCAUAUCUUUUAUGUAAUGUAAUUAUGUGUAGAUUUGAGUAUUCUUCUGUAAAUGGGAAGGUGUGGUAUGUUUUGCAC